CGUGUGAAAUCUUCAUUUUCAUUCGUCACGACGCUCGUCGACGAUAAGUAAAAAAGAUCAAAGAAGAAAAUCGUAACGUAGGCAAAGACCCGAUAGAUAUCCGAAACAAGUUGAGAAUCAAAUUUUCGACGAUGAUUGUCGUGUCUGACCUCAAUUGGCAAUUGUCAUCAUGAGGAAGGCGAUUUAUUUAUAUUGAAGUCGACAAGGAUGUCGCAUCACAAAAGGAGAAUUCCUUGCUUGGCAUGAGUAUAUCUAUCCUUUUGUCUUCUUUCUAUUCUACUUUUACUUCCAGAGGCGUGUGAUGCAGGUUCUUAUAGAUUGGCGAGUUUCAUUUUCUCCUGCUAUAAGCUUCACAAACACAAAAAGAAGUUUCCUAUCGCACAGGUUGCCCCGGGGGACUUUUGCUGCACGUAUACUACACGGGAAAAAGCUGACAGAAGAAAACAAGGCAGUGAGAGUCUCUCCCACGAAUCGCGUUAAAGGUGCGCUCCUAAAAGUAACAAGUUUUUGCUUUCUCGGCACUUGUGUGUAACACACACACAGAGUUAGCCGACACGGGCUGCCACGACGCCAUGAUGAGAGGGAGAAAAAUUGUUAAAAUGCUUUCUCCAACCGGGUCGGUGGUGGUAGUUAUUCGACUGAAGGCGAACGAGCAACAUCAUCAGCUCUCUCUCUCUCUCUGACUAAAGCUAUAAAAGUGCGUUAUUCUCUCUCCCAACCGAUCAAACAACCCGAGGGCGCUGAAUAACCAGGAACAAGAUGGAACGUAUUGCCUUUCGCUUCUCUAUUCUUUUCCUGCUGAUGGCCACUGUUUCUCACGGAGCACAGUAUCCGUGGUCAGGAUCUAGUAUGCCAUAUCAGCAGACACCUUACAGGAGAACGUCCACUUCACCUGCUGUCGGUGAUAUAACCCCUUACAAUGAACGGUUGGAUGCCAAAGAAUGGCUGGACAAAUUGCUGGACAGUUUGACUUCCGCCGAACCCAUUUUGAACGGCGUGAACGAGCAACGUUCGCCAUCUCAGAAUAGUCCGCAGCGAAUUUUUCAAAGAGAAGCUCGACCGAGUCUGACGUUUGUCCAAAAUCAUCCGACUGGAAAAAGGAGGUUUUCAUUGGCCAGCGUCAGAGUCAACCCCGCCAGUUUGAAGAGACAGCACAUCUUUGCUGCUCCCAACAUGGCUUUGCUGGAACUGGAGAAUCCAGCGCGAAUUCCCAACCGUUUAAAUUCGCCAAAUAUUCGACCGACAAAUAUUCCAAGACUCGUCCACCAGCAGCAGCGUCCUAGGGACACCGUCCAAUGGCAACCAGUUCCAACUUUCAGGCAACAGCAACCUUACGUGCAAACAUACCAGCAGCAAGGAGCGGAGGACGACUAUCUCGGGCAUUCCCAACUCACAUUUGAAAAUCCCGCCACUUCAGGUUCGACAACAUCAGAGCGCCACCUUGACGUGGAUGUUUAUGUAAAUCACCACCCUUGAAAUGUUGGCGCCCUUUUUUGAAUUGGCAGCCGAUUAUUGGAUGUAGAAAAAAAUAGUAUCAAAAUGAUCUGUGAUUGUAGCAAAAACAAAAAAAACAUUCCCCAACAUUCUGUUGUGUCAGAGGUCUUUACGAAUGACGCUGGAAGUCAAUCCCGGAAGACGUUGUUUGUACUGUAACUCUUAUAAUUGAUUGUUUAAAUUGAGUUGGUGUCGCCCUCCUUUUGCUGUGCAAUGUUUGAGCUGGAAAUCAAUUUUGCCACACACCAGCAUAUCCCAUACCACCUUUUUAUACUUGUUAUGCAUAAUAUAGAAUAUAAUAAACGUCUAAACAGUU